UGGUUUCAUACGCUUACAUCCAAAUUUGAGCUGUGCAUUGAGUUUGUGGUGUGUGUGACCUGAUUUCAGGGGCUGAGAACAAUCAGAAACUUUAUAUAAAGCUUUGCUCUGUAGAGGUAGAGGAGAGAAGACAUGGUCAUUUGUGUUUUUUGGUAUUUUGAGUUGAAAACGAUCAAUGUAGCCAAAACCGUUCGCAAAGAAUUUAAGAUCAAAUAGAUGCUUUGUUAUUACUUAGACAGAGUUUCAACAUGUGUCUUCACCACAGAAACCUGACACGGACUCUGAUGCUACUGUUUCUAUAUGGUGUCCUCUGCGAUGAAUAUAAAGUGGAAUAUCAACAGGGACAUAUCUGUGCAGUGAAAGGCUCGACUGUUGUCAUUCCUUGUUCAUUUCACUAUCCAGGCAAUCAGAUAGUGGACAGAGUUAUGUGGGGUCAUGAGAGGCAUAAUAUUUAUGAUGGUCCUUUCAUAUAUGAAAGCAUAUCCAAUAAUACGCUCCCAAGAUUUCACUAUAAUGGUGACAAAAAACACAAUUGUUCUUUGGAAAUAAGCCACGUAGAGCCUAAUGAUACAGGGAAAUAUACCUUUAGAUUCAUAACUGACUCUGCAGUUGGCAAAUGGACUGGUGUAGAGGGCUCAACAUUAAAGGUUGGUGAUUUGAACAUUUCCAUGACAAAACCUAAUGGGAACAGAACAAUGAACGAAGGCGAGUCCGUCAAUCUGACCUGCAUAAACAGCUGUGAUGAUCUUUCAUCUGCUUUCACCUGGUUUAAAAGUGGAGAACCAUUCAGUGAAGGACCUGUACUUUAUUUAAGCAACAUGUCCUCCACAAACUCUGGAAACUACACUUGUUCUCUGAAGUCACACACAGGAACAACUUCAGGAGUCAUAAAUAUUGAUGUUGAAUAUGGUCCGAAGAACACGUCAGUGUCUGUCAGACCAUCGUUUGAGAAAGACCCCAGCAGCAACUUCACCAUGAUCUGCAGCAGCCACGCAAACCCCCCAGUGGAGAAUUAUACCUGGUUUAAAAUAGACAAAGAUGACAACAAAGCAGUCGGACAUCAGCCUUUGUUCCUCUCUGCUGAAAGAGGCCAGUAUUUCUGCACUGCCACCAACAAACAUGGAAGUCAAAACUCCUCUGUUGUGACUUUAAAGAUCAAAGAAUAUCAGGCAACGCCUAACAGUAAAAUAUAUCUACUUAUCCUUCCUCUUGUUGCUGUGCUUCUGAUUGUGACUGCUGUUAUUGCCCUCAGAAGACUCAACAAAAAAAGGACAACAGCAUCAGAGGCGGACCGUGAGGACGACACAGAGACAAAAACCAAUCACAAGAGGGAAGCCAGAGUGAGGGAGCAACAGUGGAACUCAUCUACGCAAUGGUUGACUUUCACACCAAGAGAAAGUCGAACAUGUGAGAUAUCCUUACAACUGUUUCCUAUUUUUCAAGUAACAAUUUAUGUUGCGUGAGAGACACAUGUAUUUGUCAACUGUAUCACCUGCAGGCAGCAGCAUAUGGACUCCCAUCCCGAUGACGAAGACGUGAUUUACAGCACGGUGUGCAAGUAAGGCUCAACAAGAACUUACACAUUUCAUCAAUAAUGGUUUCCUUAAGGCAAGUGCAUGUGUUUUUCUUUUUUUCUUUUUCAGGAGCCAGCCGUCGUACUCUUCUGAGCCUUGAUUUGACACGUGCCAAGAGGGGUAGUGACAUGAUAUUUUUAGGGUAUUUGGUUUAUGAUUUUUUGGUUUUUAUUUCCUUACACUGUCAAAAUCUGACAACAAGAAAAAAAAAACAACACAGCUGGAACUCUUCCCCUUUCCCGACACUAAUACUUGUAACUAAAAGAAAAGAAAAAAGUUCAACAGAAUCUCAAUAAAUGUUUAUCUAAGGUUGCAGUAAACAAUGUACUCUUAAGAUCAGUGAGGUAUAAAUCAACAGAAACUUUAAUAGAAAUUAAAAACACUCCUCUGGUACACGUGAAAUAAAAAUGUGCACUGAGCCUCUGUUCUCAUCAUGUUAUGGUCUGUAAAGGUGAUACACAUUAAAACAUAAUCUGAUGGGAAAUGUAUUUAAACAGGCUGCUCAGAGGAUAAAUGUUUUGAUAUACAUCAUUACUAUAAUUGCCAUGAUUGUGUUAGUUGCACAGUGAGAACCUAUAAAAUGUAUUCAGUCUAUAGUGUGCCAUUUUCUUUUCUUGAUUCAACACAAGCGACUGUGAGACUCAGACGGUGACACAUCCCGGAUGGCGUCCUCCCACUAGUCUAUCUUCCUGAAGUCAGUCAAAGUCAAUAACAAAAGAUGAUCAAAAAUCCUCUCAGAGUGUUGUUUUUUUUUAAUGCAUGUUAUUGUAUUUCUUUCAUUGUGCCUCUGGAUCAAAAGUGCGCCAUCAGCUGUUAAGUUGUUUUCUGCUGCUAAGAGUUUUACAUAUUGAUAGAUGCUCUUGUGUUGUGGUCUUGGCACUGUGUGCAAAAGUUAAUUUGCUUUCUGUGGUCUUUAGUUCCUGAGGCUCCCAGGUUACUAAAAUCAUAUACCCACUAACACAAUUGCAACGGCUUCAACAGGCUGUAAAAGAUAGAAAUGUGUGAAAGAACUGAGAUACAGGCUUUUGUGUGAGGUAGAAACUCAAAUAAGUGCAACACAAAAACACUAUACAGUAAAACAGUAAAAAGAAGUGUUUUUGCUUUUCAUGUUAAAACAAUUUUUACUCAUUGACUCCAAUUAAGCUUCAGUUUUCUUUCUUUCAUUUCUUUUCACAACAUAUGUCUGGUUGUCCUCUGGGGCUUUUGUCAUGAAUGUGGAUGAUGAAAAAACACACACCUGCACAUUUAAUAUCAUUAGUAAAUAUGUAAGCUAUACCUGCAAUGUGUGCUUUUAUUUGCAACCAAGUGGGCAAAAUGGCUUUGACAUUUCCUCUUGUAUACUGUAUCUGAGACAAUAAACAACCCUGCAAACAG